AUGGCUAGCGCUAUUUCUACCAAUCCCUUUGCUUCGCAUGAUCCACAACAGGCAAACGUCUGUGGAUCUGCAGGGGCAGUAGAAGGAACUCAGCUGUCUCGGCAGGAAACCACUGGGAGUUACUGCGAUGGCUCCCUCGCCAAGCGUCCACCUAGUGUGCCUUGCGGCCCCUGCAAACAGUCCAACCCUAACGAAUCAAAACCAGCGAUUCCAGGGCGUUUGCUUUCACAACUCAGCAGCGUUUAUGCCACCGGUGCCGAUCCUUUCACGGAGACGGAAUCAUCGGCAGGGGAAUGCAGUCAGACACAUUCUGGAAAUGCAGGCUUUGCGUGCGUUGUUUGGGAGUUGGAAAAUCUACCAGUGAAGGGAGAUCUCGUAUUGAGUGCAGUGACACGGCUGGAGCACUUGAAGGCGUGCAGCGACGAGGCACGUCUGAGUCUGCGAGGCCUUGUGGCUCAGCGGCAAAAAGACUUGACAAAGUCGGUGUCUGUUCUAGGAGAACUACGCAAAGGGCUAGAACGCUUGCGGCGUGAGUCGACGGCCAUUCGUGUAGGGCUCUCACAGUUUCGCCAAGACUGCCUGCUGCCUUCCUUGGACAUCACCAAGCAGCAGCACGCCAAGCUUCUCCUGCAGCGCGAAAUGCAGCAGUUGCUGCAGAUCCAAAGGAUGGACGCGAUCCUCAUGGCGGCGGAGAACAGCUGUGUGAACCGCCAGCUGCCGCUGCAGGCUGCCCUGUUGAUGGAAGGCGCAGCACUUUUCCAUCCCCCUAAAGGCACAGCGCCCGAGUCCUCUGAGCCGACAGGAGCUGCUCCGCAGAUGCAACACAUGCUGGAAGCUCUCAAGGCGGAUUUGAGUGCUGCCCUGCAAGCGGCUGCGCGUUCGCUGCCUCCACCACCAUGCGGCUGCGGUUGGCGACUGCCUGAGCCUUUCUCCCGCAGCGCCUCUCAUGGAGGUUCGUGGAGGUGUAGGACAAGGUCUGGCACUGCAACAGCAGGCGCCUUCGCGACAGGGGAAGGUGCCUGGCCUUCAUAUUACUCCGCACUUGCAGCCUUCGCUCUGCUGCCACCUUCCUCUUCCGUCGGAUCUGCGCUUUCAGCCGCUGUGGCAGCGGCAGCAGCUGCAGCUACCCGUCAGGUUCUCUGUGCCUUUGUGCCAGCGGACGCUGCUGCCUUCUCGGAGGUGGACACCGAGAGACUCGAGGCUCAGCGUGCUUGCGCGCGUCUACUUCUUUGUCUGGAGUCAAACAAGCCGUCCUCUGGCUGUGCGCUGCUGGGAGCUGAUGCCGUUAGUGCGCUUCCCUCUGCGGGGAGCCUCGCAUCUUUCGUCGAUGAGGCAAACAGUGUUGCUUGCUGCAUGACACUGCUGGGGGUUCAGUACAACAUGCUUGCGGGUGCAUCUUCGCUGAUGGUGUGGCACGCGUCUAAAGCUCGACGGCUCCUUGCGCAGGUGCAUGCGGAGAGGAAAAACACCGAGAAAAGUCGCUCUGAGGAGAGUCCCUCUGAGGGGGAUCUUCUGGAGUUCCUGGGAACUAACCCUGCCUCAGACUGCAGAAACUCAGCCGCCUCUGCUCUAUGUUGCGAUGCGCCUUUCAAGGAUACUUACGACCUCGUCGUGUCUGCGACGCAGCGCCUGAAGGGGCUGCCCUCGAGUCUGCGAAUGGCGUUGUUUUUGCUGCAAGUUCGACAGCAGUUUCUGUGCCAGCGCAGCACCCUUUGGCAGCGCAUGCAGCAGCAAAUGGCCGAAGUGCUGGAGGCGAUUGAUCUGGACAUGAGUGGCCCCACAGCAGUUUGUGAUUGUCUCAGUCUUAUGCGCGCCGUGCAUCUCUUUGUCGGGGUAGGUGAGACUUUUGUUCUUGCAGAAGAUGUCGAGGCUGAGCGUUUGCUUGCAGCGGAGGCUGCAGCAGCAGCGGCUGCAGCGGUGGCAGUCGACAAAAAGGCGCCGUCCUCAAGGAGCUCUCAGGCGUUGAGCGCAGCAGCAGUGCUGGCGGCAGAUGCCGCAGCUGCUGCUUCUGCCGCUGCGUUAUUGGCCCCAGGAGAGUCGAAGCCGCCUGUUGUAGAAGAGGCUGCAGCACACGGGGGCCCUUCCGUUUGUCGGCUCUCAGAAGUGCUGCUUCUCCGUGUGCGAGCAGCGAUUGAGUCCUUACAGGAGACUCACGUCCGACAGAUGCUGCAAUAUGUGCGGGCUGAGACAUGGCAACGGAUACCUGUGUUGCGCCGCAUCCCCCUUGUGGUGCUUCGCGCGUCGAAGUUGACGGGGGGGGCACUGCCACUGCUUCCAGAAAGCGUAAAUCCUUCUGCCAUUGCGACGAGCGAAGGCCAUGGGAACGCUGCCGAGGCAGGGGGGGGCAUCAGCCGGCUGUGCAGCGGUUGUGGGGAGGUCGUUGUGGGCUUCUCCCGCGGCAAUCCGUUCUCUUCCUGGCAGCCAGGGGUGCCCUUGGGAUUUUGCGCAAGCCCUGAGGCAGUGCUGGGUAGACAAGAAGCUACGGCUGAUGUCGAGUUGGCAGCCAUCGAGGAGGAACUGAGAGCAGUGGGAGCUUGCGGCAGCCGCAAAGACGAGCCGCCGGUCUCAGUAGCUGCGUCUCAGGCAGCGGCGAAGGCGUUGAUGCAGUACUGGCAGCUGGCUGUUUCUGCCCCUCAACUGGCAGCCGCGGCAGUUCGGGCGAUGAUCCGAUUGAUGGGGUUCUAUGUGGCUGCUGUUGCCGCGUCGACGCUGCCCGAGGAAACGUGCAGCUUGUUUGUGGCCCCCCCCCCGCAAGUUUCGGCUGUGUUUGUGGAUCCAAGCAGUCGCUCGAGAGCUGUGGCGCAUGCGGACGCCGCAAGGCUGCGGUGCCGCCUGCCGCACCUCCACUGGCUGCUGUAUCAAGUGGACAAAGAUCUAGGGCCUCUUCAGAAGAAGCUCCUGAGGGGCGGCAGCAUUGCCUGCAACGACCUUAGCGGUAGCCACACCUCCGCUGGAUCCAGAGUACAGCAGUCUCCACUCUGCGGCUUCUUCCGGCCUAUGGCGAGGCUGGCGAGUCCUGGGGCACUUUGGGGUCUUGCAGAACGCGUCGCAGCCGUUGAGUCUGCGAAAGACUUGCUGGAGGCUCUCUCCCAGCAGCUCCACCUUCAAGGAAUCGUUCAAGGGGUCGGAGAGGGCGAUGGAGAAAGUCGCGCAUGGCGAGGGGAGCAGCUGCGGCGGCUGCCAGCGGCGGUGGGCUGCGAAACGCCGAGGGGCCUCCUUUGCAGCCUACCGCCCGAGGAGCGUCAGCAGCUCUGGAGGUUGCUCGCAGCCACUCGCUGCAGUAUCGAGGACUUGCGGGCAUUGGUAUACCGACAAGCGGCGGCAAGCCUCUGCCAAAGCACCGCCUUUGUUGCUUCUUUCAAGCAAGCGGCUGCUGAAGGCAGCACAGAGGGGACUGCCGCCGUCGCGGCUGCAAGAAUGGCUGCGGCGAGCAGCAGCAACGCUGCUGUCCUACCACGUCCUCCGGACUCCAUACCGCGUAGCUAUGCAGCAGCAGUGCAGCAGCACAGACGGGAGGUGGCAGAUCUGUUCUGGAAGAUCCGGUGUGCAGGCAGUGGCAGCAUCCCAGCAGAUGUGCAGCUGCGUAUUUGGAGAUGUGUGUGGAGUCAAACGGUAGCCGACGCCAUAGACGCCCUGAGUGUGGUGCCAUUAGCGGCCGACUUCGUUGAGCGUUGUCUGAACCCAGGCCCUCUGGUGGCUGUUGCGGAGGCUUUGCGGCUGGUGAUUGCAGAGGCGCGGCUGCAGUAUGGCAAGGCUGCAGCCGCUGCAGGCGUGGCCCUCACCACUGAGCACAGCGCGUCUGGAUCGCUCACGAAUCUUGCAUGCGGGCACCCCACCACAGCUCCAGGCGGGGCCGAUGUGCAACCCGUGCAUGUCACCGCUCCUACGGAAUCUCUCCUGGACUUGAGAGACGCAGAUUUUGACUGUUUCUUGGAUGUUUGCUCGCGCACGGCACCGGAGAUUGUGCGGUGGUGUCAUGAGCGGCACGAGGGCUCUUCGGGGCAUCGCGACGAAGAAGAAAAGCCACAGUGCACCCUUGCUUUGAGGGGGUCAGUCGCUCCCGCCUUCAACCCCUCCCGUCUUUUACGACUUGAAGAGUGGUUGUCUGUGAGUACGAAGGUGAGCCUCCGCUCUCGCAUGCCUAAAACGGCGCAUGGGGCAACAGCAGCUCUUGACAAGCAGCAUCCCCAUACCUCCCGGAAGCUGGCGUGCGCCGGCACGUUUCUAAGACUGUGCAAUGCUCGCGCCUUCCCAGGGGUGCUACUUCGCACGAUCGAAUGGGCCGGUUCUCAACGCCUAGAUGGAAUUUGGCUUUAG